GCCUCAACGACUUCCCUCAACACCUCUGUUAUUUCUCUCCUUCCCUGCCUCCUUCUUCCUCUCAUUUGUGAUUGUUUACACGGACCUGGUGGUGCGGCUUUCGUUUGGCAUGGUUUUGCUGCUGAUAGGACAAUGGGAGGACAUAGCGCAACUUCUUUUGGCUGGAUUUCACCGACCGAUCUGGUUCUGGGCUCGUCUAUUGGCAACCUUUGAGUCCCAAUCGGGACCAAAACUCGUUGAGGUGAGAAGGGAGAAGAAAAGAGGAUAGAAAAGAAGAAGAUGAAGAAGAAAAAGGGGGUUCCCAGGUCUGGUUUGUUGAUUUGUCUUUGGGCAUCGAAAUGCGUAUAAACUAAAAGCUUCAAUUGUGCAAAAAUUGCUUUAGUUCUUCCCUUGAUUUUUACGCUUAAGUUCUACUAAUCAUGUUUCCUGUAUUUCUAUAUCCGAGGAUGUGAUGAGGAGUUGUUUCUUCAUUUUUGGCUCUCUCUCUCUCUCUUUUUUUUUUUUUUUUGUUUCAUUUGCUGACAUAUUACAAAAGUAUAAACUGGAGGCAGUUCUUACAAUAGUACUGAGUUUAAUUGCUGUGGAUGAGAAGCUUUGUUGCCUGCUGAUUCUCCGAGGAUGUAUUAAUUUGUUAAUUGGUUUUGAGCAUCAAAUGGGUAUCAGCUCCAUUUGGGUUUUACUCCUGCCAUUCGCCCUGUAUUCUGUUAAUGGGAAUUUACAGAAGAUGCUUGGUGAGGGAUUGGGGGCAUGUUUUGUAAAUUUGAAGGAUUUUGAAGGUUAAUUUAAGAAUUUCGUUGAUUAUUGUUUUUUUAAUAUAAAUUUGAUGAGGUG